GGGCGGCUGCGGGGCAGGAGCUCGCCGGCCGCGGCCGCUCGGACGCUCGGACCCCGACCCCGGACGCGGACCCGGACCCGGACGCGCGGGCCCCGGACGCAGUGUCGGUUACUAUGGCAAUGACGGCCGGGACGACAGCCCCGUUUCCUAUGAGCAACCACACCCGGGAGCGGGUGACCGUGGCCAAGCUGACGCUGGAGAACUUCUACAGCAACCUGAUCACCCAGCACGAGGAGCGGGAGACCAGGCAGAAGAAGUUGGAAGUGGCCAUGGAAGAGGAAGGACUGGCAGAUGAAGAGAAAAAGCUGCGCCGGUCCCAGCACGCGCGCAAGGAGACGGAGUUUCUGCGGCUCAAGAGGACGCGGCUCGGCCUGGACGACUUCGAGUCUCUGAAGGUCAUAGGAAGAGGCGCCUUCGGAGAGGUGCGGCUCGUGCAGAAGAAGGACACGGGCCACAUCUACGCCAUGAAGAUCCUGAGGAAAGCGGACAUGCUCGAGAAGGAGCAGGUGGCCCAUAUCCGAGCAGAAAGAGACAUCUUGGUGGAAGCAGAUGGUGCCUGGGUGGUGAAGAUGUUUUACAGUUUCCAAGACAAGAGGAACCUGUAUCUGAUCAUGGAGUUCCUCCCUGGAGGCGACAUGAUGACGCUGCUGAUGAAGAAGGACACCCUCUCGGAGGAGGAGACCCAGUUCUACGUCUCCGAGACCGUCCUGGCCAUCGACGCCAUCCACCAGCUGGGCUUCAUCCACCGGGACAUCAAGCCCGACAACCUGCUGCUGGACGCCAAGGGUCACGUCAAGUUGUCUGACUUCGGUUUAUGCACGGGACUGAAGAAAGCCCACAGGACCGAGUUCUACAGGAACCUGACCCACAACCCGCCCCGCGACUUCUCGUUUCAGAACAUGAAUUCCAAGAGGAAGGCAGAGACGUGGAAGAAGAACAGGAGGCAGCUGGCGUACUCCACCGUCGGGACACCGGACUACAUUGCCCCGGAAGUGUUCAUGCAGACCGGUUACAACAAGCUGUGUGACUGGUGGUCCCUGGGGGUGAUCAUGUACGAGAUGCUGAUAGGGUACCCGCCUUUCUGCUCCGAAACACCUCAGGAAACGUACAGGAAAGUGAUGAACUGGAAGGAAACGCUGGUCUUCCCCCCGGAGGUGCCGAUCUCCGAGAAAGCCAAGGACUUAAUUCUUAGGUUCUGCAUCGACUCGGAAAACAGGAUCGGCAACGGUGGGGUGGAGGAAAUCAAAGGUCACCCGUUCUUCGAGGGCGUCGACUGGGGUCACAUCAGGGAGCGGCCAGCCGCGAUCCCCAUUGAGAUCAAGAGCAUCGACGACACGUCCAACUUCGACGACUUCCCGGAGUCCGACAUCCUGCAGCCAGCGACCAACGCCGCGGAGCCGGACUACAAGUCCAAAGACUGGGUUUUCCUCAACUACACCUACAAGAGGUUUGAAGGGCUGACGCAGCGCGGCUCCAUCCCCACCUACACGAACGCCGGGAAGCUCUGAGCGCGCGCGGCCGCCCAGCCCUCAGGUGGCCGCAGCCCGGGCCGCCCGCCCGCCC